CAUAAUGUGGCAUAAUAAUAAUGUUCCAGACGAAUAAUUAGUCUUAGACCAUCUAAAUAUAAGUGCAGCUAAUCUGACGUUUGUGUUAUGAAAAAGCAAAGCUAGUUUACACAUCACAAAGCCAGCGUUUAAGAAAGAAAGCGUCAUUGUUGUAUUCUUCAAAACAGAAAUGGCGUCAACUGCGACAGAAAUUAAAGCAAGAAAACGUAAACUUAAGCCCGUACAACUGCCAAGUUGGGCUCCAGGCGGAGCAGAUCAUGAUCCACUAUUACCGUACGGGCCAAAGGUAUAUUUAGCUCGAAAGAAAAAGCCUGAACCAAGAUGGGUUUUAGCCUUAGAAGUAACUAUCGUCGUUGGUGUUUUAUGUAGCUUCGUUUACAUGUAUUACUACAUAGAGCAUCUGCACUAUCAUGUAACUCGAGCUUAUGCGCAUCUGGGUAGCACAGAUGCUCAGCAUGUCCUUGGUCAUAAAUUUUUGAAUGGGCGAGGUGUGGAGAAGGACGAAGAUAUGGCGAUGUAUUGGUUUAAAAAAGCAGCUGAAAGCGGUCAUCCCGAUGCUUCUUACAACACUGUAGCUGGUCACAUGCAAGGAUAUAACAUCGAUCUGGAGGAACAUGAGAUUGAAAAAUAUCUAAAAAACGCCCAUGAGAAUGGCAUUGAGGAGGCAACAAGAGCGUUGAAAGAUAUGUUACCGCACAAAUACUAACAAAAUAAAAAACUCAUUUUUUGUAUUUUAUUUGUUAACAUAAAUGUGCAUUCUCAUUGCUUUACAUUUGCAUUACUUUAAAUGCACAAAGUUUGUGUUUACGUAUUUUUAUUUUGAUUUGCUGUUUUUCCUGCAAUAUUUUGUUAUAAUCUUCAAUACAUUUUUGUUGUUUUCAAUAAUAUAAAUACGUUUCUUCUUUGCC